AUGCUCAAGCUACGGGUCUUCCGACGGUGUCCAGGGUUCCAACGGACAUAUGCUACUCAACCACCACUGCCGGAAUUAGCCAAUAUUGCCAGAACGGCGUCCACCCCUCUUGCUGUUCGUCUACGUAGACGAAAGCAGUUCGGAGCAACUGCCGUGGGCGAUACAGAUGCGACAGAAGAUGGCCUUACCCCUACCGAGCAAGCAAGAUAUACACGUCUGAAAGCGCAGGGUCUUCUCGAGACUAAAAGUGGCACAACUCCUACGGCAAAAGAAUGGUUGGACAAUGUCAAUAGCCGCAGGUCCCGAAUUCGCGGUAUUCGCCGCAAGGUUGUCGAAGGCGCAGAGGAAACAGAGGUUCUUGGCCAGAAAGUCUAUCUGCCAAAUAUCGUUCUAAGGCUUGUUCGAAAUCACACACAACCUGGACAGCCGUACAAUCCCUACGAAGCAACCUUCCGUAUUCCACAGUCUGUCACCAAAACUGAUCUGCGGUCCCUCCUCCUUGCCGUUUACGGCGUCAAAACAACAUACAUUCGUACUGAUAAUUACAUCUCUCCAUGGCACCGUACAAUGGAUGGCUACGAACGAAAACCGUUCAAGACCUACAAACGAGCGGUCGUUGGAUUGGUCGACCCUUUCUACUACCCACACAGACUUGAGGAUAUGCCCCAACAGGAGAGGGAGGAACGAGAAAAGUAUAUUGAGAAAAACUUCAGCAUCAAGCACACACGUUCUUUGCAAAAGGAAGAAUUAAUGCGAAUGACCAAGGGUCAGGGCAAAUUUUCUUGGAAACUUAAUCCGGCAUCUGCGACGAAGAGGAAACACAUACUUCGCAUGGUGGCAGAACGAAGAAAUGCGAGAGAAAGUGCAAUUGGGGCCUUUGCUGAAGGAAUUCAAGCGCUUCGUCGGGAUGGACAGUCUGUUACGUUCGAAGCGGUUAGAGGAAAGGCUCUUGGCCAUCCACUUCCACCAUCUUCGCAGACUGCACCUUCUACGGAAGCGACGUCUUAA